ACCGCCUCGGCUUUCUAAUAUAGCAACUCGUAACCGGCCCAUUCAUCUUCAACGCUUUCACCAGCACGCAGGUCCUCAAUGGCGCUGGAUGGAGAUGGGGUUAUGGGAUGUUCGCGAUCUUGAUUACUGAAUUCUUGACUCCGCUCAUAGUCACUCUUGUUUGGGCGGAGAGCAAGGCGAGGAUGCUUGGUUUGGUGCCGGAGAAGCCAGUCGAGACGCUGCACCUCACCGGCCUCACCUCUCGGUUCGACGUCAUCCGCUUGGCGCUUAGAGGAGCGUGUCUCAGGUUAAUGCUGCUUUCCCUGAUGCGAGCGGACAAUUCGAAAGGGAAAUGGCAGAACCUAUCAGUGAUCGCCGUAGUGGAUAUUGGCUAUGUGCUCAUCCUGGUUAUCGGUCCUUGGGAAUUCAAGUUUGCAAAGUUCCCGGUGGUUUUAUAUGGAGAUACGCCAAGAACCGAGGCGCCGUUGGUGCAAGUUUGAUCGGUUUCCUUGAUUUCGUGCGUUCUCUCCGUUUCCAUCAUUCAAUAAGCCCACAUCCGACUAGAUCUCCUUCUGCCUGACAUAUGUGUACCAAUACUCCUUUUAUCUCGUCGUGAAGUUGUGGACCUUAAUCAACA